GCGCCGCGGGGGGCCAACCGCCGCCUCCCCCCUUCUCCUCUCCCCUCCGCGGGCGGGACGGCUCGGCCCGGCCCGGCCCGGCUCGGCGGGGGCGGCACGGGGAGGGGGUGGCGGGAUGGGGCGCGCUGCGCUGCCCGCCGGCCGGGGCGCGGGGGGGGGGGCACGGCGCGGUCCCUCCCGCCGCCUCCCCCGCGCCGCCGUGGGCGGGGUCGCGCCGCUCCCCGUGGAGUGGGGACACACACACACACACACGGGCCCAGGAGAAACUUGGAGGAAAACGGGGGAGAAAAAAGCCGUGAAAAAACUUUUUGCGGCGGGGGGGUGGGGAGAGCGGCGGCACCGACAGCGCCCCCCGCCCGCCCGCGCGGCGCCGCACAAAGGCGGCCCGGGGGGGUUUGUGGAGGUCGGCGGCCCCGGGGGGCGGUGGAGCGGCCGGUGACGCAGCGGGCGGUGACAGGGCGGGCGGGGCGGUGGUCCCGCCGCCGGACCGUUAGGGCGGGAGCGGCGCCUUUCCCCGCGCAACGCGCGUCCCGCGGGGGGAGGACGGUUCCCACGUGGGUGCGGGGCGCCGAGCCCCCCAUCCAGGACCCCUUUUCCUUAUGCGUUUUUUGUUAUUAGCAGUUUAUUUUCUCGUUGCGGGAGCCGCUCCCGCAGGUGUGGCUGCGGCUUGCCUUUCUUUUUUCCCCCUUUUUUUUUUAAAUCGUUUUCCUCUUGACUUUUUUAAAGCAAUCCGGGGCGCACUGCCGGCCCCCACUGCGUCCUGGCGUGAGGCCUGAGCUCCCCCACGCCCACCCGUGCUCACCCCCCGCUCCUGCUGCCGAACGGGCACACGUGAGAAAACAGUUUUAUGCAUUAAAAAAAAUAGUAGUAUAACAAAAAAAAAAAAGAAGCAAAAUAAUUUAAUUGUUUUUUAUUAAACAGCACCUACCUUUUGCUAUUUUAUAUGUUUUUUCCCUCUUGCUGGUUACUUGCUUUGUACAGGAAAUUUGAAUAUCCUGGCAAAGGCCGACUUCCAAGUGCAGCUUUGCUGCGCUGGGUGAGCUGCGGCAGCAACGCGCCGUGCUGGGGGAUUUUCCCUUUUUAAUUGAUCCUAAAUGCAAUAUUUUUCCCCACGUGUGCAUCAUGUACAUAAAGACAAUUAUUGUGCUGAGUGUUCCAAGGUUAAACCAUGAAUUACUCUCAAAAAAAAGAGAAAAAAUAAGAAAUUGUGCUGUGUGUUGUACGCCUGUGUACGUGUGUAGGUGAGGGACCAUCUGCCAAGUUUCAUCAUCUUCUGCUCUGAAGAAAUCCAAAGAGCUGCGGUGCUCACCAUCAACUGUGAAAGUCUGUAUUUAGUUAAUCCACUUUGGUGGGAUGUGCAGUAAAACUGCAACUGCUAAUGUAAUAAAUGAAGUAUAAGAGGGAAGCUUUAAUGCUUCAGGCAAACUGACCCAAAUAUUAAAAAAAAAAAAGAUACUGUGCACUUGGUACAUUUUGAAUUAAUGCUCAUCUGACAAUUUAUAUUCUUUCUGUUCUUAACAAAUACACUUUAUAGGAGUCAGGCUUCCAGACCCGUCUCUUGUUUUUUAAAACUGGAUAAGAUGACAAUGCAAAAAAAUGGAAGUAACGAGAAGCAUCGUACUUUUCUUCUCCUCAGCAGUGUUGAGAAAAAACUGUGGAUCCCGGAAUUUUACUCUGGAUUUUGCUGGUUUUCUGGAGUACUUUCCAUCGAAACAGCGGUGGCCGGGUGCCCGGGGAGGGUCGGUGCAGACGGAGCCGAUGUGCCGGCGUUCCAGUUACAGACUUUCUGACAGCGCCUGUGAAGAAAAAAUGUCUCGUGAUGGACAGCGAAGCCAACAGCCCGUGCUGGUGACAAGUCCCGUGGCAGGAGCAGCAAACCCGGCCCCACGCAGCAUCCGCACAGCGUGCACGGCACCGGCACCUCCACCCUGCACAACCCCGGGGAGACACAGCGCGGCAGCGGCAGCUUCCCUAGGGAUGAAAAUCCUCGCUGGCAAUUCUCACACCAUCCCAAAUCCUUGUGCUUUUCUGGCCCUUCGCCCCGGUGUCUGCAAUGACGGUGACCUUACCGAGUAUCAGCAUCUUCACAGAGCUAGGAAGCAAUUCCCUCAUCAGAACAGUCAUCAGACUAUAUCUGCUUGUGAAAUCACAUCAGGUCCUUAAACACUACAAGAAGGAAAAAGAAAAAGAAAGACAAUGGUAAUGUUUAAUUUGUUUAUAAAAGUGAUUGUACUCAGUUGAGAGCUGAUCUUGCAAGGUGCAACCUGAACAGGAGUUAAAGUCAAUCAGAGAUGGCAGGAACAGCCCUUCAAUGAACUGAGAGUAACCAGCUCCCCCAAGUCGUGUCAGAUCCUCACUGCUGCAUUAGUGGGUGCUGAGCAGGACUGUCAGAGCACAGCAGGCAGUGCAACACCCCCCCAUUUCACCAGUCAGGAUGUACAAUCACAAGGCAGCUUCAAGAUCCACGUUUGCCUCAAUUUUCAACACCAGGAUUCACAACCCCCGAGUGAACUUGCCAGCUCAGUCCUCAGAAAGACCUUUAACUGCAGCUCCCAGCUCUGUCUAGAGGGCUUUAGCUUCUCAUCAGUGUGAACUUAAAGCAAGAAGAAUAAACGCUCCAAACACGUGUGCGGUGCCAAGCCAGGCAGGCGGGUCAUCGCCGCGUGCAGAAACGCCAGAUGUCACAGGGCGAGACAGUGCAUUAAAGCCUCGAUAUUCAACAUUAUUUUCCCAGCAUACGUUUGUGAUUCAUAAAAUGUGGAGCUGUAAUGAAUUUCAAAUGCCACAUAAAUGUUCAAACACA